UAUUCUUUUCCAUUUAAAUUCAGUGCCAGCGCCAGCUUGUUUACAUCGAUGUUUAUGAAGUGGGAAUUGCAUCAGGAAUUGUUUCACCCUCCAUGUGUCUCUGCAGGAAUGGAAGGAUGGCUGAUGGGAACUGCACCGAGGUGCCCCAGUUCACCCUCGCAGGACUCACCCAACACCCACAACUGAAAUUCCUCCUCUUUGGGCUCUUCCUGGGCACCUACACGCUGACAUUAGUGGGGAACCUGGGCCUGAUCGCCCUCAUCAGGGUCAGCCCCCGCCUCCACACCCCCAUGUACUUUUUCCUCAGUGCCUUGUCCUUCCUGGACAUUUGCUACUCCUCCACCAUCAGCCCCAGGAUGCUGCUGGACCUCCCAGCAGACACCAAAGCCAUUUCCUUUGCCGGCUGCCUCGCGCAGCUCUACUUCUACGCGGCGUUCUGCACGGCCGAGGUUUACCUGCUGGCAGCCAUGGCCUACGACCGCUACGUGGCCGUCUCCAAGCCCCUUCUCUACGAGCUCAUCAUGUCCCCCGUGCUCUGCAUGAGGCUGGUGGCCGGUUGUUUCCUUGUGGGGCUGCUGAGCGCGGCCGCCCACACUGGCGCGGCACUCCGGCUGUCCUUCUGCGGCCCACUGCUCAUCGACGACUUCUACUGCGAUGGGCCACCGCUCUUCCUCGUCGCCUCCACGGACACGCGCCUCAACGAGGCUCUGGUGUUUGUCCUGGUGGGGUUCAACAUCGUUGCCACCAACCUGCUCAUCCUCGGCUCCUACGCCUGCGCCACGGUGGCCGUGGGCAGGAUGGGCCCCGGUGCGGGCCGGCGCAAGGCCUGCUCCACCUGUGCCGCCCACCUGGCAGCCCUCGGCAUCUUCUACGUGUCUCUCGCCUUUAACUACAUGCAGCCCAGCUCGGCCCACUCACUGAGGAGCAAGAAAGUGGCAUCUGUGUUCUACACCACCCUAGUGCCCUUGGUGAACCCUGUGGUUUACAGCCUGAGGAACCAGGAGGUGAACAACGCCCUCAGCAGCUUCAUCAGGAGGACAAUGUACUGAUGAAAGGCUACCUUCUAUUGUUUCCCUGGGUUUUUUCUCUUUAAGGAGAAUCUCUCAUGUAGAGGAGACUGAGGGGAGUCCUCAUUGCAGUUACAACUUCCUGGGGAGGGGAAGAGGAGGGGUAGACACUGAUCUCAUGUGGUGACCAGGGACAGAACCCAAGGCAAUGGCCUGAAGUUGUGUCAGGGGAGCUUUAGGUUGGAUGUUAGAAAAAGGUU